UUCUGAAGAGAUCACAAGGAAGUCUUGGUUUAAAAAGAAACAGAAACAUACACAGGGGGGUUGGUGAAUGGUGCCGACCGCGGCCAUCGCAGUUGGAGGCUAUAUUUUGGGGAGGGUGAGUAGCGUCCAUGGAGUUACUUUGCGCCCACUCCUAACGGCAAGGGCUCGGAUCCGGUGAGCUGACCUUCCCCGGCUGGGGUGCGGGGCUGGGGACGCCGCGGGGCCCGUCGCCUCCCUCGCCGCGACCCCGGAUGGAUGCGCGCCCCCUGCCCGCCCGCGCCGGCCCCAGGAGCUCCGGAUUUCGGGAGCAUCCUUCCCGCGCCGGCCCCUGCCGCGGCGCGUAGCCGAGGGCAGCGCCCCUCGGAAGGGCACCGCGGAGCAAGCCUCCCUGCCUGCCAUCCAUGCUGCUCACACCACCAGGAGUCUCUCUGUACCUCCACACCCUCUGCAGAGCACUUGUCCACGUACCUUUGGAGCUGGGCAACAAGCAGCCUCAAUGAACCUUCCUGUCAUCCUGAUCCUGCUGUUGGGGAACACUGGGGUGGAGAGAAGCUCCUAGCUGAGAUGGAAGAGAAGAGGCGAAAAUACUCCAUCAGCAGCGACAACUCCGACACCACUGACAGUCACACUACAUCUGCCUCAAGAUGCUCCAAACUGCCCAGCAACACCAAGUCGGGCUGGCCCCGGCAGAACGAAAAGAAGCCCUCAGAGGUUUUCCGGACAGACUUGAUCACAGCCAUGAAGAUCCCAGACUCGUACCAGCUCAGCCCGGAUGAUUAUUACAUCCUGGCGGACCCGUGGCGACAGGAAUGGGAGAAAGGCGUGCAAGUGCCCGCUGGGGCAGAGGCCAUUCCAGAGCCCGUGGUGAGGAUCCUCCCGCCGCUGGAAGGCCCCCCCUCCCAAGUGUCCCCUAGCAGCUCUGAACUUGGCGAGGGCUCCCAGCCUGAUUGGCCAGGGGGCAGCCGCUAUGACCUGGACGAGAUUGACGCCUAUUGGCUGGAGCUCAUCAACUCGGAGCUCAAGGAGAUGGAGAGACCAGAGCUGGACGAGCUGACCCUAGAGCGUGUGCUGGAGGAGCUGGAGACACUGUGCCACCAGAAUAUGGUCCGAGCCAUUGAGACCCAGGAGGGGCUGGGCAUCGAGUAUGACGAGGACGUUGUGUGUGACGUAUGCCGCUCUCCCGAGGGCGAAGAUGGAAACGAGAUGGUCUUCUGUGACAAAUGCAAUGUCUGCGUGCACCAGGCAUGCUAUGGGAUCCUCAAGGUGCCCACAGGCAGCUGGCUGUGCCGGACGUGUGCCCUGGGUGUCCAGCCAAAGUGCCUGCUCUGCCCCAAGCGAGGAGGAGCCUUGAAGCCCACCAGAAGUGGGACUAAGUGGGUGCACGUCAGCUGCGCUCUGUGGAUUCCUGAGGUCAGCAUCGGCUGCCCCGAAAAGAUGGAGCCCAUCACCAAGAUCUCGCACAUCCCAGCCAGCCGCUGGGCUCUGUCCUGCAGCCUUUGCAAGGAGUGCACGGGUACCUGCAUCCAGUGCUCCAUGCCUUCUUGCGUCACAGCAUUCCACGUUACCUGCGCCUUUGACCAUAGCCUGGAAAUGCGGACUAUAUUAGCAGACAACGAUGAGGUCAAGUUCAAGUCAUUCUGCCAGGAGCACAGUGAUGGCGGCCCGAGGGGUGAGCCCACGUCUGAGCCCGUGGAGCCCAGCCCAGCCGCCGAGGACCUGGAGAAGGUGACCCUGCGCAAGCAGCGGCUGCAGCAGCUGGAGGAAGACUUCUACGAGCUGGUGGAGCCAGCUGAGGUGGCCGAGCGCCUGGACCUGGCCGAGGCUCUGGUUGACUUCAUCUACCAGUACUGGAAGCUGAAGAGGAAAGCCAAUGCCAACCAGCCGCUGCUGACCCCCAAGACCGACGAGGUGGACAACCUGGCACAGCAGGAGCAGGACGUCCUCUACCGCCGCCUGAAACUCUUCACCCACCUGCGGCAGGACUUGGAGAGGGUUAGAAAUCUGUGCUACAUGGUGACAAGGCGCGAAAGAACGAAACACGCCAUCUGCAAACUCCAGGAGCAGAUAUUCCACCUACAGAUGAAACUUAUUGAACAAGAUCUGUGUCGAGAGCGGUCUGGGAGGAGAGCCAAGGGCAAGAAGAGUGACUCGAAAAGGAAGGGCCGCGAGGGCCCGAAAGGCAGCCCUGAGAAGAAAGAGAAAAUGAAGGCGGGGCCCGACUCAGUCCUAGGGCAGCUGGGCCUGUCCACCUCAUUCCCCAUUGACGGCACCUUCUUCAACAGCUGGCUGGCACAGUCAGUGCAGAUCACAGCAGAGAACAUGGCCAUGAGCGAGUGGUCACUAAACAAUGGGCACCCAGAGGACCCUGCUCCGGGGCUGCUGUCGGAGGAGCUGCUACAAGACGAGGAGACGCUGCUAAGCUUCAUGCGGGACCCCUCACUGCGACCCGGUGACCCUGCCAGGAAGGCUCGUGGCCGCACCCGCCUGCCUGCCAAGAAGAAACCACCACAGGACGGGCCCGGGUCACGGACGACUCCAGACAAACCCCCUAAGAAGCCCUGGGGCCAGGAUGCAGGCGGCGGCAAGGGGACUCAAGGGCCACCUGCCAGGAAACCACCACGGCGAACACCUUCUCACCUGCCGUCCAGUCCUACAGCUGGUGACUGUCCCAUCCCAGCAGGCCCCAAGAGCCCCCCACCUCUGGCUCCCGACACCCCUGACGAGGCAGCCCCAAUGGCUGCUGACUCGAAUGUCCAAGUGCCUGGCCCUACGGCGAGCCCCAAGCCCUCAGGCCGGCUGCGGCCGCCCCGUGAAAGCAAGGGAACCCGGAGAUCGUCGGGUGCCAGGCCUGAUGUCGGGACAGGACCGCCUUCUGCUGUGGCCGAGAGGCCAAAGGUCAGCCUACACUUUGACACUGAGACUGAUGGCUACUUCUCUGAUGGGGAGAUGAGCGACUCAGACAUGGAAACCAAGGACAGCGGGGUACAGAGGGGCCCCCGGGAAGCAGGGGCUGAGAAGGUGGUCCGCAUGGGGGUUUUAGCCUCCUAAGUCACCCCUACCCCUGUCCCAGGCCCUGUCCUGGUCCCCCCACGAGGCCUCAGCCCAGUCACAACUGCCAUUUCCAAUCUUUGCUGAGUGUCCCAGACCCUUAAGGCUGCCACUCUACCGUGGUUUUAUUUUUAAUAUAGAGAGAGUUUCGAAUUCCA